AUGCGGUCUCAUUACGGAGCACCUGCCGGCACCGCACCAAACCUGAGGUCGAGAGAUCCGCUAGGUCCAGCAAGUGCAAGCAUCAGGAGUGGUCGGCCACUGGCCACCUGGAUCGACGAGCUGGGGACAGGUCCAGCAGGUCCAGCUCCGGCCCAGAGCCAGGUGAUCGUGCACAAAGUGAGUCCUCGCGGUGCCGGUCUUCCGUGGACGUGCCAGAUCUGUAGUCAGCGCGACAUUGGGGCCAGUCUGACGAGCUGUCCUACAUGUAAGCGGAGUCGGGGGACGGAGCUCAGACGGUCGUACAUGACGGCUGCAGAGCUGACGGAGUCUGUGGUCAAAGCUGUGAAUGGUGGCGAACCAGGCGAGCUCCAAACCGGAGGCACAGCCACAGCCCCGCACAAAGCACAGCGCCACGGCACGAGCCCUUCCAGACACGGGGACCGUGACCAUGCAGCCACGCUGCCUAGCAGAUCCACUGGGAGCCGUGCAGCACGCGUCACCUUCCAGGACGUUCUCCCAAGCCGAGGCGGGCCACGCCCGGCAAGGGGGAGCCAUGCAUGGAGCUCUGCGCUGGAGCGCGGUCACAACGACGCUUUGGAUCGACAUCAGGAGGACAACGAGGCCAAAGCACUCCGACCCCUCCGCCCACUUAUCUCCAGUAUGCCAGAGGCAAUCGGCAAGACGGCGGGGAGUCGCCACGCAGGUGCGGUCUUCAAGGAGGCGCCACCACCCAUGGGUCACAUGCCUGAGCUGCCGAACCCGGAGCGUGCCGUCGGAGUGGCGCCGAACAGAGCCUUUCGAGGCCGAGAUGGGAUCGCACCGGCUGGGCCACCGCUCCCUACACGAGGUGAAGACUGGGCUUCCGCUUCUGCCAGCUUUCGUUUGGGGGCCGCCAACAUCCCCCAAAGCGCAGCGAGUUCGUCUGCACCUGCUUUCUUUGGAGGGCCCCAUGCCAGCGGGGGAGGGUCCAUGCCUCGGCAGGAAGGUGUGCAGCCACUUCCGUUGGAGGUGCCGCGCGCAGAGCCGGAGGUCAAGGUGCCUCGGCGGCUCGAGAAGCCAGGUCGGAUGCAGGAGACGCCUGUACGGUCCAUGGCAGAAUCGGCUUCGGCGCCCUCUGUCCAGGCACGGGCAAAGAAACCGGACAUCCCGGAUGUCAACAUGGACAUUGAAGCGGUGCUCGAGGCGCAAAAGCGGCGCAUCGAGGGCCUGAAGAACAAGCUGACCAUGACCAUAGCCUGA